GGCAGAUGUCACCUAGCAACAAAUACUGUGCUUUUUGGGAGCUGUAAACCAGGUUGGGUCUCUACCUUAGGGAUUAUGAAGGGUUAAUGUGUCUGGGAAUUUGUCUUUAAAGCCUUCAGUAGCUCAGUGCCAGCAGAUGAGAUGGUAGCCUGGCACUGCUGAAUACUAAACUGCGUCACUACAAUCAGCGGAUUCUAAUUCAAUGACGUCCGUUUUUAUUGUACAAGGAAAGCAUUCACUGUGUAUUGUCUCAUCAUGAGUCUAGUAAAUAAACAAAUGGCAGAGAAGGAAGUAGACAAUGAAGAAUCUGCCCCUCACUGCCAGGUCUUUACCAUAGCGCCGCAGAUAAAGAAACGGAAGCUGGUGAUUCAUCUGGACCUGAACAACACAAUCCUGGUAUCAGAUGCGGUGUGCAAGCAAGGCCCCAGCGCGGCCCUGAAUGUGUAUCUGAGCACUGUUACCUGGGGACAAAUGAGCGACAAAGGAGAAUGGACUUGGUUGAAUGAUUGCACUUCGGUGUCACCGUCUUGCCCAGACGCCAUUAACUACUUUUCCCAGUUUGGUCGUAGUUCAGAUUUCACUGACACCCCAAUGGGACAGUGCUUCAAGGAUGUACAGAAUCGUCACUUGCAGUUGCUAGAGUGGCCGGGAGAAGCCGACAGCGUGUUCACUCUGCUGGGAGAGGAUAAAAAGAGAUACCACUUCAUCCUUCCCUCCUUCUUCCACUUGCUCGAGAGGCUGCACCAGCAAGGGAGACACUUUUCUGUGUUGCUGCGGACGUAUGGCACAGACCUUGCCCGCGUGUUACCCGUUGUUCAGGCAGCUUUGAAGGGAAAACACCCGCUUUUCCCUCAAUUACGAGAUGUGCCGCUCUGCGUAGAUCUCACCCCAGGACGGAUCCGCUGCAGUAAACGAGACGUAGUGCUUACUCGUGGAUCGGAACGCGUUUCUACUAAAGCAAACAAUAAAAACAUCUAUGACUUCUUUAAUACCGUGACUGGGAUAGGAGGUUUUCAAGAUCAUUUUGACUGGUGGGCACGGAAUAAUUUUUCCAGCAGGGGUGGGAAACCAUUCUGGAUCGAUCCUAACGACUGUGAUGUCCAACAUAUAUUUAUAGAUGAUAACAUUCGUAUAAAUGAAGAAGACUCCAUUGUUAACUGCCAGAUGCUGCUACAAGAUGAAAACGGACAUCGGCUGCGCAUUGUUCCCACGGCUGAGCUGUAUAAGAUUUGCUUGGUGCAGACAGACCUUCUCAGGGCCAUUGCUGAUAUUGAUUAUUUUGUUAAAUGUAUUCAACUUUGUGAGGAAAACUAUGAUCAAUAUCUCUCUAACCUUCAUGAAUGAUAGACCUGAAAGCUGCUGACAUUCUGGUCUCUUUUUAUACUGUACAAAAUAUUUGCACAUAGUGCGCAAGAAUAGGAACAGAGAUGACUUGAAGGGACACAGAAUGCCAAUCCGGUGCCAUGUUAGAUGAGGCAGAAUUAUUGGUAUUAACUGGCACUUUCCCCAUCUGGUGACCCAUGCACAAUAUGAACAAAGAGAUAAGGUAGUGUGUGAGGAACAUUUUGUUUUAAGUUGCCCAUACAAUGCCUGAGCUACACAAACCCUCCAAGUCCUGCUCCCCACAUAUCUGCUUUAUUUUAUUUUCCACGGGUAAUGACUAACCUACUGAGUUUAGAUACUGUCUGUAUUUUUAUUAUAUAUCAUGGAGCAUUUAUAUACAGGUGGCCCUCGGUUUACAACGGUUCAAUUUGAACCGUUUCAGAAUAACAACCUUUUUUUUCAGUCAUGUGACUGCUAUUGAAAAGCAUUGAGAAGCAGUGCAUUGAUUAAAAUAGCCAUUAGGUGGAGCUGUCCGCUUGUGUUGCAGCAAAGAUAUGCAAGCCAAGCAAGCUUAAAUUAAUCAGUUUAACCAGACCUGAGCUAUCGAGCAGCUUGCAAAGGAACAAGCUCUUCCUGUCUAUAAAUCAGUCCAGAUUGGAAUGCAUAGAAAUAACUGUUUGCAGAAAAAUUCAAGUAAAGUCUGUGUUGUGUGAUUAUUUUAUUAGGUUUAUAAUGCUGUUUAGCAAAGGUUUUUGUUCAUUUAACUUAGUUUAAUUAUAUAUGCUGUGUUGUGUGAUUAUUUUAUUAGGUUUAUAAUGCUCUUUAGUGUUUAAAGUCGUCAUUUCAAAGCUUUAAAAAUAAUGUAUUAGGUGUUACUUAUGCCAAUUUUGAGAGGGGCCUGGAACCUAACUCCCUCACUUCCCAUUGACUUACAUUAUAAACUGGGUUUCAAUUUACAAUGGUUUCGAUUUACAACCAUUCCUUCUGGAACCUAACCCCGGUGUAAACUGAGGGCUACCUGUAUAGUAGACAGAAGGAGCCCUAACAGAUGAGAAAUUUGUAUUUAUAUUCAUUGCUGUUGCUUUUUAUUCACAUGAAACCUCUGGCAGGUCCUGCACUGCCGUAGCCUGGCACUAUACUGAACGUAUGAAAACCCUAUGCACAUUAGUUAUUCACUCAUAUGUGCUCUUGUGUGCAGGGGUCAUAUUGCGGCUUUUAAGCAUAAAAAAUAAACGCUAUCUACAGCAUAUCAGUGAUAACAAAUGGUUGGCAGAUUAUGGGAAAGCUUAGAUUGCUUGGUCUGUGUCCACUCAGGUUGUAACAUAUCCUAGUUAUUAGUGACCUACAGCUUGGAUAACUCUUAAGAGGCAUCUGUCUUAUAAUACUGAGAAGGACAGCCCUGUCCAAGAAUAGAAGGGAGUUUUCCUCUGAAUGAGGGACAUAACAAUGGGCAUCCAUGGGGAGGGGGAAGAUGGGGCAAAACCUCUUUCCUGGCUAGGGUAUAUGUCUACUCUUACCCUGUGGUAGCUGAAAAAGAGAGCUUAACUCAACCCCAGUGCAACUCUGAGGUACAAGUGACUCCUUUUUGGAAAGUGGAGAAUAUCUUCUUUCAGCGAAGGGUCACUUGAUCUUCUGGGUAUCACAUGGUCUGUGCAAUCAUGGCACAAGUCUACAUGAAAUAGAAGAAUCUCCCUGGUCACUUGACCCUUUGGUUAUCAUGGUCAAUAUAAAGGGUACAAUUUCUAAUUGCAUAAUACACCAGGUUUAGAGUAAUACUAGGGAGAAAGCUCUGUAAAUGUCUUAACCCCACAAAAUUAAAUCCAUUAAUCUAUUAGAUGAAGUAGAUGCUCCUUUUUUUAACUAAACGGUAACAUGACCUAUGAUGUUCUGGCAAAUUAGCCUGUUUGCGGGCGCACAAUAAAUUAGCGCUUCACUUGUAAUCUAGCCCAUAAUGUGCUAAUACAAUGUACAAAAUGGUGACUCAAUAGGUUAAAUUUAAUUCUAUUAUAAUGCCAUAAUUCCUCUCUUCUAACACUGCAGAUGCAGUACUGUAAAAUGACACAUUUCUCAGGAAAGACAAACAUAAACAAAUGUACUGUACGUUCAUUAUUUUUCCUGCUAUUUCUGUACUUGUGAGAAGUGUGCUUUUUUUCACUCCUCCAGGGAUGCAUAUUGUACAGUGAUUUCUUAGAAGAGCUAUACAUGAGCUUGUGCACUGCUCUGAUUGGCCACAGCAAAGGAGAGCAGGUAAACAUACUCUAGAUGGUUUUCAAGGAGAAUGUUACUGGACUGUUUGGGGAUUCCAAACACUAAACAUUUUGCUACUAAAAUUAGAGUUUUAUAUUUUUAAACAUUUAUUGUGUAUUUAUGUCUCUUUAGGUACGUAAUUGCUAAUUUAUACUAUAUAUUGCAUAUAAAUAUAUAUUAUCCUCCCUCGAUCACAGCA